AUUCAAUCUGGCUGGCCGACAGCUGGCCGCUGUUGAAAAUCUUGCCCGACUCCGGCUCUGAGACUGACUCUGAGACUUGAGUCUCAAGCUUCUCCCACACACAGCAACGCCUGAUUCCGCUGCAGAGAAAAAGAGGCGUUGGCAGGCGUUGGUCCAGCUGUCGGAUAGAUCACGUCUAUUAGUAUUAUAAGCAGAGGGGUGCUCGAAGCAAGGUUUUUUUGAUGCACUGGGUGGUGAGUCUGAUACUGAGGAGCUGUCCCAACGUGGGUGCACACAGCGGCAACGUCUGCAGAGAAAGUAGCUAACAAAACUGGUCCGUGCAGCUGAUUGACCCUGCCCGGCAUGGUUAUGGCAACAGCGGGGGCAACAAGGGAGACAAUCACUCUCAAGGGCUCAACAGCGAUUGUCACGGAGUUCUUUGGCUAUGCUGUAGACAGUAUACUGUACCAGCGGGGUAUCUACCCCGAGGAGAACUUCACCAGGGUCAAGAAGUAUGGCUUGUCCAUGCUCGUAUGUACAGAUGAGAGGGUGCGGGACUACCUUAAGCAGGUGCUUUCGCAAAUAUCAGAAUGGCUGCUGACAGGCAAGUUGCAGAAACUGGUCCUGGUGGUCGCAAGCGUGGCCACCAAGGAGGUCCUGGAGCGCUGGGCCUUCAACAUCGAAACGGACAAGGAGUCAGUGCAAACAGGGACGACUCGAGAGAAGUCCGACAAGGAGAUUAUGAGCGAGAUCCAGGCAAUCGUCAGGCAGAUUACGGCGAGCAUCACCUUCCUGCCUCUCCUCGACGAGACAUGUACAUUCGACUUGUUAGCAUACACAGCCGCCGACUCAGCGGUGCCGUCAACAUGGGAAGAAAGUGACGCACGUUUGAUAAACAAGUCCGCGGAAGUCAAGCUGCGGUCCUUUAGCACCAAGGUGCAUCAAGUUGAUGCUAUGGUGGCCUACAAGAACGAUGAUGAAGGCGACUAAGGACCAGCAUUGUUGGGCUGCCCGGUCACGUCUUAGCAUUACCAAGUCACAUGUUGUCCAAGCAGUUACCGGUCGUUUCAUCGCUGCCCAAGUUAUUGACCAGGUUGCUUGACUCCUCUGAAAAGCUCCCGUUCUACGGUUUCCACUCAAGGUCAACGCUCGCAUCCUUUGCUGCCAUGUCAGUGGGUAAAUGGGGAGGAUCGUUCGAAAGUGCGAAGCAG